GCAACUCACCAAGCAAAACACUCGAGCUGAGCUCAUCUCCUAGCUCAGAGCCUCUUCCGAGCUUCCACUACAAGUGCUUAGCUCAGAAGCAGCAGCAAGUGAGAAGCUUGCGGCAGUAGCAAUGGCCAAGUCCUACACCUUACUGUUCGGUGCAGUGGUCGUGCUCGCGCUUCUAGUGAGCCCCAUUGCUUGCACCCGCAAGCUCGCCAAGCCAAACAGGCACAGGCGGCCGACGCACAGGCCGGCGGUCAGGGCCCGCAGCAACCACACGGCUACCCCCUCGGCCUCCUACGCCUACGGCUCCGGCGGCUGGCUGUCCGCCGGCGCGACGUACUACGGCGCCCCCAACGGCGACGGCAGCGACGGCGGCGCAUGCGGCUACCAGACCGCCGUCGGGCAGCGGCCCUUCUCGUCGAUGAUCGCCGCCGGGAGCCCGUCGCUGUUCAAGGGCGGCAAGGGGUGCGGCGCCUGUUACGAGGUUAAAUGCAACAGCAACCCGGCGUGCUCAGGGCAGCCGGCCACCGUGGUCAUCACCGACGAGUGCCCCGGUGGGGUAUGCCUCGCCGAGGCCGCCCACUUCGACAUGAGCGGCACCUCCAUGGGCGCCAUGGCGAAGCCCGGCAUGGCCGACAGGCUCCGCGCCGCCGGAAUCCUCAAGGUCCAGUACAAGAGGGUGCCGUGCAAGUACAGCGGCGUGAACAUCGCGUUCCGGGUGGACCAGGGCUCCAACCCGUUCUACUUGGAGGUGCUGGUGGAGUUCGAGGACGGCGACGGCGACCUCAGCGCCGUCGACCUGAUGGAGGCCGGGUGCGGCACCUGGACGCCGAUGGUGCAGAACUGGGGCGCGCUGUGGCGCUACAACUCCGACACCGGCAAGGCGCUGAGGGCGCCCUUCUCGCUCCGGCUCGCCUCCGACUCCGGCAAGGUCCUCGUCGCCAACAACGUCAUCCCCGCCGGCUGGAAGGCCGGAGCCACGUACCGCUCCUUGGUGAACUACUCCUAAAUUACUGCUCGUCCCAGAUUAAGUGUUGUGAACUGGACAGGACUGUGUGUCUGUCGGGGAGUCGGGGUGUUUGCGAGAGGCGGUGUCAGUCAGAAGAGGAGGAGGAGAAGCAGGUUAAAGAAUCGUGUUCUUUCCCUCCCUCCACCGGUCUCUGCAGCCCCCGGUGAUGCGCGCUGCCGUGUACUAGUCGUUGUGUCUAUUUCUCUGUACGUGUUUUUCUUUUCUUUUUUCUUCCUCUAAGUUGUGAAUUGUGAUGUUGAGGAGAAAAGCUUAGCUUGAGCUGCGACUAAUGUUGCAUGCUGGUGUAUCAGCUAUGAAGAAAACAAGAAGAAAUGAAUUGCUGUAAUUCAUCCCAAUUACAG